CCGCGCGCGCAGCCGAGGCUUCAACUCUUGGCGGGGGGGUUCGCGGGCGCGUGCGCCAAGACGCUCGUCGCGCCGCUCGACCGCGCGCGAACGAUCAUCCAAGAUACGGGAUGGUGCGGGCAGCGCGGCAGCCGGAAGACCGUGAUGGGCGUCUGCGCGAAGGUGUUCCGCGGCGAAGGCGUCGCGGGGUUGUUCAGAGGAAACGCGGUGAGCGUGAUGAAGGUUUUGCCGUGCAACGCGUUGCAGUUUGCAAUCUUCAACGGGCUCAAGGAGCACACUGCGGGCGACAAGUACUCGUUGACGCUCGCGGAGCGGCUCGCGUCCGGCGGCGUCGCGGGCGCCGUGUCCACCGCGGCGUGUUACCCGCUCGACGCGCUCAAGUCUCAGAUGGCCGUCAGCGGCGGCUUACGCGGCGGCGUCGUCGCCGCGGCCAAACAGCUCUAUCUCGAGCAAGGCGGAAUAAGGGCGUUCUACAAAGGCCUCGGCCCGACGCUCGUCGCGGACGUCGUCGGCACCGCGCUCGGGUUCACGCUCUACGACACGCUCACCGCGGCGUACCGCGAACGGUGCGUCGGCGGGCGAAAGGCGACCCCGUUUGAAAAAGGCGUCCUCGGCGGCGUCGGCGCGUGUUGCUCGAUGACGGUGACGAUGCCGCUCGAGGUGGUCAUGACGCGCAUGCGCGUCCAGGGCAUAGGCGGGCGCCCGGUGCUGUACGGGAGCGCGCUGGAGUGUCUGAGGAGCAUCGCGAGGAAGGAGGGGAUCUCGAGCUUGUGGCUCGGUACGACGGCGGCGUACGUCAAGAUUUUUCCGCAGCUCGCCGCGACGUACUUUCUGUUCGAGCUCGCGUCG